AUGAUCGUGUGUACGCACACAGCUAUAAAGAAGCCCAGGAAGUCAUUGGAAGAGUGGAAAGAUGUCAUCACCCUUCCUCAGUUUGGUGGGGAGUUUGCUUUGAUGGCCCCACAAAGCUCCAUUUUUGACUUCAGGAGGUUUUCCAGCAUCAUUCCACUCCAGCUGACAACGCCAGGUCAACUAAGCAGUGGCUGCAAAAGAGCGUUCCAGAUUUCAUCUCUGCCUCGGAUUGGCCAUCAAGGAAGCCCUGAUCUCAACCCACUAGAUGAUCGGCUUUGGUCCGAACUGUAG